CGCAGUGAAAGGAAAAGCCUCGCUGGGGGGCUCUGCUGGAGCGGAGACACUUUUCCACUAGCUAUGUUUGGAUGUGAUGCUCGUCUCUGUGGAUCUAACAUGGACUCUAUGGCCUGAUUACACAGCCCUGGUGUUCAGAUAGUGCUGGAGGGAAGGGAUAAUGCAUAUCCUUUCCUGCCCAGAAAAAGAAGCCACCAUGAGCAACGUCACGGUCACCGACAACACUGAACCCAUCAGCCGCACCAUGAGUCCGGCUACCCCCAGCCCAUAUCCCUAUCCUGUCAGUUUUCAGGUCUCUCUGACAGGCUUCCUCAUGCUAGAAAUCCUGCUGGGCCUGAGCUCUAACCUAACAGUGCUUGCCCUCUACUGUAUGAAGUCAAACCUCAUUAGUUCUGUCAGUAACAUCGUCACCAUGAAUCUUCACGUGCUGGAUGUGCUGGUCUGUGUGUGCUGCAUCCCCCUCACCAUCGUGGUGGUGUUGCUCUCCCUGGAAGGAGACACUGCACUCGUCUGCUGCUUCCAUGAAGCCUGCGUCUCUUUCGCGAGUGUCGCCACUGCUGCUAACGUGCUUGCCAUCACCCUUGAUCGCUAUGACAUCUCUGUCAAACCAGCCAACCGAGUGCUGACCAUGGGCCGUGCCCUGGCCCUGCUGGCUACCAUUUGGGUGCUAUCCUUCAUUAGUUUCCUUGUACCCUUUAUUGAGGUGGGUUUCUUUGCCCAAGGCCAAGCGGAGCUGAACCAGACAGUGGUGGAGAAUGUGGUUCAUACAAACCAGUAUUACACUGAGCUGGGCCUAUAUUACCACUUGCUGGCUCAGAUUCCUAUUUUCUUCUUUACUGCCGUUGUCAUGCUCAUCACCUACUCCAAGAUCCUGCAGGCGCUCAAUAUUCGCAUUGGCACACGUUUCCACGCUUCACAGAAGAAGAAGGCUCGCAGGAAAAAGCGUCCAUCCAUGACGGCCAUGACAACGCAGCAAGAGGCCACCGAUGGAUCCCAGAGCAGCGGCAGCCGCAAUCCCACGCUGGGUAUGCGCACCUCUGUCUCCGUCAUCAUCGCCUUGCGCAGGGCUGUAAAGCGCCACAGAGAACGGCGAGAACGCCAGAAGAGGGUGUUCAGGAUGUCCCUCCUGAUUGUGUCUACUUUCUUGCUGUGCUGGACGCCCAUCACGGUGCUCAACACAGUCAUCCUGAGCGUGGGCCCCAGUGACCUCAUGGUCAAGUUGAGACUGGGCUUCCUGGUCAUGGCUUAUGGGACCACUAUCUUUCACCCUCUACUCUAUGCCUUCACCAGGCAGAAGUUCCAGAAAGUCUUGAAAAGCAAAAUGAAGAAGCGAGUGGUGUCGAUCAUUGAGGCAGAUCCUACCCCCAAUAAUGCUAUUAUUCACAACUCCUGGAUCGACCCAAAGAGGAACAAAAAGGUGACAUUUGAGGACAAAGAUGCCCGACUGAAAUGUCUGUCGUCUGAGGAUGUGGAGUGAAGGAACUCUUUAUCGUUAGUGAAUACCAUCAAUACAGUCAAAGCAGCUACAACUGACAUCAGGUCAUGACAAAAAAAGGGAAAAUGUUAAUCCAAAGCAGUAAUGUAAAUAAUAUGUGCAAUAGAAGGUACAAGAACAAGAGGUGAAUAAUUUAUUACUAUUUAAUGAGAACAAAAGUAGGUUUCAUAGAUAUAUCAUAUACUGUACUGUAGAUAUUGCAUGGCUUUUUGUAACAGUAGCAAAAAACAGUACAUUGUGUACAUACAAAUACAUGUACAGGGUAGGGUAAACAAGGUAUAUAAAUAGAGAGAGAAGUAGGCAUUGUUAUGUAAAUGUAUAUUUAUAAUAAAUUUUGUGUUUACCCACCUAA